UCCAGUGCUGCUGGUCUGAGAUAGGAGCGCACACACAGCAGCACCAUCAGGGCCAAAGACACGGCACAAUUCUGGAAAAGAGCAGAAAAGCAAACCACAUCACAAACGUGUCAUGGAGAAUAUGGGAUAAUGAAACAAAUCGUUUACUUAGGCCGGAUGACACAGCUUGAUCACCUCCACUGAGAAACUCGGCUGUUCUCAUCGCUUGUGUUUUGCGCUUUUUUAUCCAUUCUCCUUGAGCGUUGCUGGUACAAAGGCGCUCGGCCUGGAGCAGCAGCACCUGGGAUUACUGCCAUAUGAAUAGGCAGGAGUAAACGGUCCGACAGUGCUCUGUGAGUAAAACUGACAGGAUUAAAACACUUUCUUAUUUUUAUUUUCCCUGGAAGUCAGAUCACCCGUGUUUCCCCCUGAAGACAGUUACUGUCAUUGUGUCGAGGGUGAGAUUUUUUUUUUUAAUUCUUCUUUUGGAAGUGGCCUGUUCUUGAAUAAUGCAUGAGAAAGACCAGCUCUUUUACAGUUUUGUACUCCUUUUUAUGUGUCAUACAUCACUUAUUCCUUUGACUGAACAGCCGGUUUCUCUUGCUCAGAGUGGGAUGUAUUGUUGCGACUGCGCAACCUACGACAAGUGUCAGCGAUUAGACUGUGCGUUUCUGAACGGGUUACCUUAAGGCCUGUGAUCAGCACUGUCACUGCUUUCCAGCUGGACGUGGCCAUUGUUUUCGAUAAGGACGCUGUGGCGAACUGGACUAAGAGGGGGCAUUAUUCACCAAGGGGAAUCAUUUUACCCCUGUGUGUGAGACCAGAGUCGGUCACAUUAAUAAAUUAGGCACAAUAUGGUGGAGCCGGUGGGAUUCAUUGAGGCGUGGAAGGCGCAGUUCCCAGAGUCUGAACCCCCCAAGAUGGAGCUGCGGUCUGUCGGAGGCAUCGAGCAAGAGCUGGAGAAGUGCAAGGCAUCCAUUAGGCGCCUGGAGCAGGAGGUGAACAAGGAGCGCUUUCGCAUGAUUUACCUGCAGACCCUCCUGGCCAAGGAGAGGAAGAGCUAUGACAAGCAGAGAUGGGGCUUCAGGAAGACACCUCUGAACGAGGGGGUGGAUCCUGCAUCCAUUCAGGGUGCAGAGUCCCAGUCCCAGCAGCCACAUAUGCAGGAGACUGGUGGAGUUGGAGUAGGAGGAAGUAGUGGAGGGUAUGGUGGUGGUAGUGGGGGUGUUGUGGAUAGGGGCCGUUUUCAGCCUCAUGGAGAUGGAGCUGCAAGGUCCAAACCCAGGCCUCCACCAGCCCGGAAGUCAGCCUCCCAUGGAGAUGGUCUGGAGUCGGCCUUUGACUCACCCCAGCAGGCUGAGUCAACAUCCUGUGACAACUUGGAUGGCCUGUCCCCAUCCAAGCAGAGAGGAGGCAUCGCUGUCUCUCCCCGCAGGCCCACACUUCCACCUCCAGACAAGGAACUGCCCUCUGACCCAAAAGACAAAGUGGGGAUGGGACUUGGUGUGGCAGCUCUUAGAUCUAACUUUGAAAGAAUCAAACGAGCCAACUCUCACUCUGCAGGUGAUGUAGCUAAGGGUCAGGAAAAGCAGCUUCCACCGCCGCCACCGCCGUUCUACACCAACAUGGAAUUCCACCAUGAGAGGGGUCUGGUCAGAGUCAACGACCGUGACGUCUCUGACAAGAUCAGCUCCCUAGGCAGCCAGGCCAUGCAGAUGGAACGAAAGAGAUCCCUUCACUCCCUCCCAGGUAACCUGGCAACAGUGGCAGGGGAGCUCCGUAACAGGCCAGUGUACAAAGGACGGUCAACUGAGAGCACCUGUGGUUAUGAUGCAGAAUAUGAAGACGGGGAACCCAACCAGCGACUUUCAGGGAGGGCCAACGGGGGCAAACCUCCACCCCCACCUUGGCAACCCUCUGAGUUCCAGGCCUAUUCCAGUGUCUAUGUUGGUGGGGUGAUGAUGGGGGAAGGGGGUGGUGGAGAUGGGAGAGGUGGUGGUGGUGGAGGUGGUAGUGGAGUCACAAUGAGAGACCAUGGGGGAGGUGACGACCACCUCCUGACCUGGCCGCGCCGCUCCUACUCCCCAGGUAGCUUUGAAGAUGUUGGUGGCGGUGGUGGGUACACGCCAGACUGCAGCUCCAACGAGAACCUUACGUCCAGUGAGGAGGACUUCUCCUCAGGCCAGUCCAGCCAUGUCUCACCCAGCCCCACCACGGCCUUCCGGAGGCCUUUCAGAGAAAAGAGCCGCUCCCCAUCCCAGAAUUCCCAGAACUCUCAGCAUUCCUUUGACAGCAGCAGUCCUCCAACGCCGCAGUCCCAGAAGCGUCACCACCGGCAGCAGGGAGGCCACGUGGUCAUGUCUGAGGCCACUAUUGUGAGUGUACGUAAGACUGGUCAAAUCUGGCCACCUGCUGCCCAUCAUGACCUCCUGCCCCAUGGUAGAACAUCUCAUGACAACAGUUUCCAUGGAGACCACCUGGAUGGUCAUUUCACCGGGACCCCUCCCACAUACGGUUACGAUGCAGACCGUGCAGAGGAGCAGCGGAGGCACCAUGAGAUCCUGCCUUACAUCGAUGAUUCACCGUCGUCUUCACCGCACCUCAGCUCCAAGAGUCGCAGCAGUCGGGACACCCUCUCCUCGGGAUCAAUGGAGUCCUCCAAAUCGACUGAAUGUGAUCUGGAAAAAGGUUUGGAGAUGAGGAAGUGGGUCCUGUCUGGGAUUUUGGCCACUGAGGAAACAUACCUCAGUCAUUUGGAGGCACUGCUGCUGCCCAUGAAGCCUCUAAAGGCUGCAGCUACCACAUCGCAGCCUGUGCUCUCCGUGGCCCAGAUAGAAACCAUCUUCUUCAAAGUGCCUGAGCUCUAUGAGAUCCACAAAGAGUUCUACGAUGGACUUUUGCCCCGUGUCCAUCAGUGGAGUCACCACCAGAGAGUCGGGGACCUCUUCCAGAAACUGGCCAGCCAGCUAGGUGUUUAUCGAGCGUUUGUGGAUAACUAUGAGUUGGCUGUGGAAACGGCAGAGAAGUGCUGUCAGGCUAACACGCAGUUUGCUGAAAUCUCUGAGAACCUGAAGGUGAGGAGCCCCAAGGACUGUAAGGACCAGACGGCCAAGAACUCUCUAGAGGCUUUACUAUAUAAACCAGUGGACAGAGUGACACGUAGCACAUUGGUGCUUCAUGACUUGCUCAAACACACACCCACCAGCCACCCAGACUACCCGCUUCUGCAGGACGCAUUACGUAUCUCCCAGAAUUUCCUGUCCAGCAUUAAUGAGGAGACGACAUCCCGACGCCAAUCUGUGACUGUGAAGAAGGGAGAGAACCGGCAGCUGCUUAAGGACAGUUUCAUGGUGGAGUUGGUGGAGGGAGCCCGGAAGUUGCGGCAUGUCUUCCUCUUCAGUGAUCUGCUGCUCUGUGCCAAACUGAAGAAGCAGCUUGGAGGUAAAAACCAACAAUACGAUAGUAAGUGGUACAUCCCCCUGUCCGAGCUGACCUUUCAGAGCCCCGAGGAGGCUGAGCCACUUACCAUCCCCCAGGUCCCCGAUGAAGAGCUAGAUGCCAUGAAGGUCAAGAUCUCGCACCUCCGGAGUGAGAUUCAGAGAGAGAAGAGAGCCAACAAGGGCUCAAAAGUCAUCGACCGCCUCAGGAAGAAGCUGUCUGAACAGGAGUCUCUGCUCCUGCUAAUGUCCCCGAGCAUGCCCCUCAGAGUGUACAACAAGAAUGGAAAGAGUUACAGUUUUCUGAUUUCAUCUGACUAUGAACGUGCAGAGUGGAAAGAGAUAAUCAAAGAACAGCAGAAGAAAUGUUUUAAAACUUCUUCCUUGACUUCUAUGGAGCUGCAGAUGUUGACCAACUCAUGUGUCAAACUGCAAACUGUCCACCACAUUCCACUUAGUAUCAACAAAGAGGAGGAUGAAUCCCUCGGUCUCUAUGGGUUCCUGAAUGUAAUCGUGCACUCCGCCUCCGGCCUCAAACAGAGUUUGAAUCUCUACUGCACAUUGGAGGUGGAUUCCUUUGGCUUCUUCUCAAAUAAAGCCAAGACGAGAGUGUAUCGAUACACCACUGAACCCAAAUGGAAUGAGGAGUUUGAGAUUGAGCUGGAGGGCUCUCAGACCCUGAGGCUGCUUUGCUAUGAGAAGUGCUACAACAAGACCAAGCAGAACAAAGAGGAUGGAGAGAGCACAGACCGCAUCAUGGGGAAAGGACAGAUCCUGCUUGACCCUCAAGCUCUUCAAGGCAAAGACUGGCAGAGAACUGUUAUUCCAAUGAAUGGGAUCGAGGUUAAACUCUCCAUGAAGUUCACCAGCCGAGAGUUCAGCCUGAAGAGGAUGCCCUCACAGAAACCCAUGGGUGUGUUUGGAGUCAGGAUCUCCACAGUGACCAAGCGAGAGCGCUCCAAGGUCCCCUACAUUGUCCGGCAAUGCCUAGAGGAAAUUGAAAGGAGGGGUAUGGAAGAGGUGGGAAUCUACCGAGUAUCGGGAGUAGCCACUGAUAUUCAAGCCCUGAAAACAGCCUUUGACACUAAUAAUAAAGACGUGUCAGUGAUGAUGAGUGAGAUGGACGUCAAUGCAAUCGCAGGGACCUUGAAGCUAUACUUCAGAGAGCUGCCAGAACCUCUUUUCACUGAUGACCUCUACCCCAACUUUGCAGGGGGCAUCACCCUGUCUGAUAGCGUCGCCAAAGAGAGCUGCAUGUUGAACUUACUGCUGUCACUGCCAGAACCCAACCUGGUCACUUUUCUUUUCCUUUUGGAUCACCUGAAGAGGGUGGCAGAGAAGGAGAGUGUCAACAAGAUGUCCCUCCACAACCUGGCUACAGUGUUUGGGCCGACCUUGCUGAGGCCUGCUGAGAAGGACAGCAAGAUCCCUGCUAACCCCACACAACCAAUCAGCAUGGGAGACAGCUGGUCCCUGGAAGUUAUGGCACAGGUCCAGGUGUUGCUGUAUUUCCUGCAGCUGGAGACUAUCCCUACCCCAGACAGUAAACGACAAAGCAUCCUCUUCUCGACUGAAGUAUAGAGCUAACAUCAGCUCUGACACUUUGACCAUGAAGGAAUGUAAAAAGAGACAACCCUUGACCCAAAAUGAGCCUGUAACAGUACUGACCGGUCCUAUUCUGUUUGGCUCUCGCAGCUGAUAAGGACGGUCUCUGGCGAUUUCUGUCCUGCUUGAACACAAGAAGGUGAUGUUGGGUCUCUGAAGAUCAGAGAACGUGAGGUCUUCUGAUACUGUACCUUCAGGGUUGUGGGUACAUCUGCCAUCUACACUUCUCCACCUUGGCCUGUGUUGGUUUUAACAGAGAACCUUUACAGCUGUGGAUCAUAAGUAAAGAAGCUGAAGAGAUCAAAACAUCAGAGUUUCCAUGUACCUUUUUGUACAUGCAAUAUUCUCUAUCUGUGUUUAUUUUGAACAGUCAUAAAGUCAAGACUCUUGCAAAAUGUGUUUCCAUAUCAAACGUUGCUUCAUGUCCUGCUGAGGAAAAUUCUGUCUUAUAUAAUCUCAGAGCGUUGUUUCUGAGAAUACGAGAGGAAGCAUUCAUGCUGUUUGGUGGAAGUUAAAGUGACCCCCCCCCAGAGCUACCAUGUUACUGGCUUUUUCUUCCUUUGUGUCACAGAAGCCACAUGAAGCAAACACCUGUACUGUAUGUCCAAGUGUUUACAACAUAAACAAACCCUGGCUGGAGUCAGAGACAAACGCUAACUUGAUAUUUAGUAAUACACUGCAAUCUGACUGCUGUCAGUUCAUCCAAAAGCAAAUUUUCUCUAUUUGUGUUGUUUGUGUCUCAAGGUAGUCUUCAGCUUAAAUACCCAGGAAGCAAUAUAUUUUCUAACAUAGGACUUGUCUGUGUUUUUUCUGAGGAAAUGCCCUUCUUAUUGUAACAUACUGUGGUACAUCUUGCCAAAUUAAUAUGUUAACCAUUUGUUUCUAGGAAAAGAGGAAGCAGUUCUAUAUACAGAUACAGUAUGUACAUAAUCCUAAAGUUGUAAAUUUUUCUUUUUGUUUAGCAGUAUAAUCAUUGUUGCUAUUAUUGUAAUUUAUUUCUGGGCCCUGGGGGUGAUGUUGGGUUGUCUUUUUUAUGUGUACCUUUUGGGUUUUAUUAACUAAAUGGUAGGCUUAAGCCUCAACUUCAAGUCUUGCAGUAAAUCAACAGGAUCUAGCUUUGUUCUUAUAGAAACUAUUCAGCUGAUCUGUCCAGCCUAUCAAUUACUCAUUUAGAUAUCAAUAUGAAGGUAACACACACAUUGUACUUACAUACUGUAUGCUGUUGUGGAAAAGGCACAAGCUCUCGAACUGCUGGGCGCUCCUCAGCAGAGUGUCUCACAUCCAGACUUUCACCACUCUAGUGUAGAUGUUACACAGUGUCAAAAUACAGCACACACACAUGCACAGAUAUGACGCUGUCUCUAUUUCUACCAUUCAAUCAGUGGUUGCAGAAGUGCACUCAUGCAAUGUUAAAACUACUGUAUUACAAUUCAAGUGACCUGAGUGCUCAGCAUGUGGCAGCAUGUCUGUUAGUUUUAAUGAAAGGAAUCUUAUUUUAGUUGCUCUUGUUGUCUUUCUUUAUUUCUCUCAUGCACUCCAAAUGUCCUUAUAAUUUUUGUCCCUUUAACAUGAAGGUGUCCAACUCAGUUGCAAGUUAAAGAACACCUUUUUAGAUAUGCUGUUGAUACUAAAAUGGCAUAUUUCUAGGUUGAACCUUUGUUACCUUGAUUUAACAUGCAGGCAUGUUUUCUUUUGUUCUUUAUGUUCUUAUUGUUGCUGUUUGACUGAGAAAUGUGUGAUUGACCAGCUGACUUGUUUACAUCUGUAAAGGGCUUGUGUGUGGUUGUGUCCAUGUUUAAGAUAUCACAGGAAGGCAUAUGAGACAAAAUAAUACCGCACAGUAUAGAUUUUAAAACACAAGCAUCUUUAAACUUUGACACACUUUUUUUUUUUUUUUU